AUGCUCCAGUUAAGUCAAAACUCGACAUUUGCUUAUUUAUCAAAACGUGGAUUGUUGAUACAAAAUUUUAAUACAUUUGGAGAAAUCCUUAAAAGAAACAGACUAGGAAUUAAAACAGCGUCGGACUGGCUCGCCCGGCUACCCGGCGAUCGCCCUAAAAAAGCUCAGGUAUUCGGGCACGCCACUGGAACAACCAGUUUCAAGGAGGACCUGGAAGAACCAUUUAUGACUCUAGUAGAAAGCGCGGUAAAAGGUCACCCAUGUCGGAAAGAUGACAGCUCUCCAACCAACGACAACCAUGGGUGCCAACAACAAUACCAACUUACCCAUACAGGCGCCAAAUUCAAACCACGCCCCAGAGACAAGGAUUACUCUUUUGUGGCUAUUAUGGAUUACGUACGACAGAUAUUGUGCUUAAUAACCGUCGGUUUAAGUUUGGUCUAUGGUCAACAACAAUAUUUUCGAGUGCAACCUAGGGAUCUUAAAGUGCAAGAAGGUGGUGAGGCGCUGCUGGAAUGCGAGGUGGCCAAUUUGGCGGGUCAGGUGCAAUGGGCGAAGGAGGGAUUCGCCUUAGGGUUCUGGUCGGUUAUUCCAAGUUUGCCUCGACACUCUGUGAUCGUUGACCGUCGUCACGGAAUAUUUAACUUGAGGGUGAGCAAUGUUUCCCUAGAGGACGACGCCAAAUAUGAGUGUCAAGUGGGACCGGCAAGGUCUCAUAAGGCAAUUCGGGCAAGAGUUAGGCUCAACGUCAUCUCGCCGCCCUCAUCCGUUGAAAUUUUAGACCACCGGCAUAAUUCAACGGUUGAAAUAAAAGAAAAUGAAGAGUUCCAUCUCGAAUGCAGAGUGCGAAAUGCAAAACCAGCAGCAAAAAUUGUCUGGUAUAGAGGAAACGUUGAAUUAAACAUACCCAAUCGCGAUGAUCAAAUCAUUGAAGUUACGUGGAAAAACUGGCACAAAAGGGUUACCAGAUACGACACGCAUUCUCGCAUAUCGUUGAAGCCAACAGCUGAAGAUGAUCAAGCCGAAUACACGUGCGAAGCGAGGCACGAAGCAUUAUCUUCCGACAUACCUAUGAGAACAACAGUGCAGCUUAGCGUAUUUCAUCCGCCUGGUUUGCCAUAUAUUGAGGGGUAUACGGAAGCGAAGACUAUCCGACGAGGCCAAACCGUGGAGUUGGCGUGUCGUAGUAGAGGAGGCAACCCUCCAGCCCAAUUAAUCUGGUACAAGAACGACAAACAAAUCCGAAUGGCGUACAAAACGGCCGCAAGAGUUUCAAAAAACGUUUACACCUUCACAGCGGACGCCAGCGACAACAAGGCAAGAUACAAGUGCGAAUCUAGCAACAUCAUGUCCAAAUCUCCAUUGAGAGCAGAAGUCGACAUGACCGUUUUAUUUUCUCCAGCACGUGUCACCAUAUCAGGUAAAACCGAGGCCAAAGUUGGCGAUCUAGUUACCUUGACUUGCACAACCGCAAACUCGAAUCCACCUGCAGAAAUGAAGUGGAUGGUGGCCGGCAGACAGAUUAGAAAUGCCACCUCCAGAACUGUUGCUUCUCCAGAAGGAGGCUGGAUUACAACGUCCUACAUCACAGCCGUUGUUGAGCCUAACAGGACAAGUUUAGUUGUAACUUGUCACGGAUUGAACAUGCAGUUAAGAGAAAAUGUAGUCUCUACGCAUACUAUCAACGUUUUAUAUCCACCAACUCCGCCUUCUAUUCAUGGAUAUACAUAUACGGAGGGGUCGCAUGUACCGUCGGGAAUUGUGCAAAAUAUCUCGUGUACAUCAUCUGGAGGAAACCCUCUGGCCACUCUGACGUGGUAUAAAAACGACAAGAAGAUCAAUUCAAUUAUAAAAACGACUGACAAAUCGGUAACGGCAGAAAUAACGAUCGUAACAAAUGUUACUGACAAUAAAGCCAGAUACAGAUGUGAAGCGGCGAAUUCAGCAAUCGAUAUUCCAUUAUUUGAAGACAUCACUAUGAACGUGUAUUUUCCUCCCGACUAUGUGACAAUUCGGAAAGAUCCUGUAGAAUUAAAACCAAACGAGCAAGCAACGUUAACGUGCGACUCGGGUUCAAGUAAUCCCCCAGCUAAAAUAUUAUGGUGGAGGGACGGCAUCCUCGUACAAGGUUUGUACAACACGACGAAAGCAGGUCUUCAUGGAGGCACCGUGUCCACAAUCGAACUAAAACUCAAUAUCACCGAACAACUUAACGGAAUUGUUUACACGUGUCAAGCUACUAAUGAAGCCUUACGACGUUCCGCUCUCGACACCAUCACUCUCCAAGUUUUAUAUAAACCCGUUUUCGAUAAAGAUAACGAAGAAGCGGUCACAGGAGUAGAAGGCGAACCACUGAUCGUCUCGCUGAAAGCGGAUGGCAGUCCGCAAAACAUCGCAUACACCUGGACCAAAGACGGCCUACCGAUUAUACAAUCGUCAACUGGUUCUGGUGUGGAACGAAUCAUCUCCGACGGUCCUGUUUUAAAUAUAACAAGGUUAAGCAGACAUGACGCUGGCACGUACACCUGCGAAGCGAUAAAUUCACAGGGCAGUUCGGUCACUCAGAUUAACAUUGCUGUCCAAUACAAAGUUCCUCCGUCUAAUUCGUCACCCAGCUUAGAUGAGGAAAACUUAAAAAAUUUCACCGAUUUCCUUAUAACAGUGGGCACUAUUGUGGGCACCUUACUAAUACUAAUGAACGUCUUGCUAAUUGGUUGUUUCUUAUACAGAAGAUCCAAGAAACGUAUUUCAGAACAAAGUAAUCAAACUUGUACAUCGGCUACCAUCGAAUUGUGUGCUCCAAAUAGCCACAACGAUACCGUCACAGGUGUAACAUUAUCCUCCGUUAAUGAGAAAAGUGCAACUUACAGUAACGAAGGAAGUAACAACGACUACGUGGAGGAUGGCCCUAAACAACCGGACUACCCAGGUGCGCACCCAGUGUGUCCCAGUUAUGAGCCUCAGAUGCAACCUAACAUGGUUCACAAAAAUCACACUAUUCCUUGCCCUCAUCAUCACCACCAGCAUGAAACACAUGAUGGGACUAGAGCUAGAGAUAACCAAAGCCUUGAUUUUCAAGCCACUAUGACAGCAGAAGCGUCGUACGUAAGUUUCCCAUCGCCAGCACCUCCAGCGGACGAGUCCUGUCACAACAUGCCCGACCGCUAUCUUUCGUAUCCACCACCUCCUCUACAUUUUCAAGAUCCACCUCAAAUACCGCCACUUCCUCUCGUGGGUCAUAUGAGCAACCCGGUGCCACCGGCUCUUCCGGCCAAUGAGUCUCUUCUCCGCCAUCAGCGAGAUGCCGUUCCAUCGCCAGACCAGCGACAGAAUCCCCGAGGUCUCCUAGCUCAAAUUCUUGCUCAGAAACGAAUCCUGACUAGUUCUGGAAAAGGUUAUGGUAUUAAUGAACAAGAAGGAUAUCUUGUCUGAGACAAGGAGGAUUAUUUUAUAUGUCCUGUAUAUAAAGUGUGACUGAUGCUCAAUUUUGUGAAUUUAAAAAGGAU